AUGGAGCUUCGUUCUCGCAGAAGACUUUCCGGACCCUCCGUCAACGGUGAUGGUGAGCACGGGCAAAGUGGUUUGUGCAAUGAAGAAGAUGAAAGCAAUCACAUGGGUGGUGGUGAUGGCUCUGAUGAAGAAUUCUCUCUUCCAUCUUCAGAUUCUGAUGAUAAUAGCUUUGGUCCCGACAAUGAGCAACAACCAGCUGAGCAAUCAGAAACAUCUCAAAAAAAGAAAUACUCUAAGUCAAACAAGAGGCGCAGAAAGAGGUCAGGGGCUUUAUUGAUGUGGGAAGUUUGGGAAGAAGAGCAUGACAGAUGGAUUAAUGAGAAUUUGACUGAAGAUGUUGAUUUUGAUCAUCAGCAUGGAUUGAUAGCUGAAGCUGCUGAGGCACCAUCUGAGUUGAUUAUGCCUUUGUUAAGGUACCAAAAGGAAUGGUUGGCCUGGGCUUUGAAACAGGAAGAGUCUUCAACCAGAGGGGGAAUUCUUGCAGAUGAGAUGGGAAUGGGGAAGACGAUUCAAGCAAUCGCUCUUGUCCUCGCCAAAAGGGAACUCCAUCGAAAUUUUUUGGAAUUCAAUGGUCAGUCACCUUUAUCAGGCUCAUCCAGUGAUUUGACUGGAAUCAAAGCCACCCUUGUAGUCUGUCCGGUGGUUGCUGUAACUCAGUGGGUAAGUGAGAUCAAUCGCUAUACUACAAAAGGAAGCACCAAGGUCCUGGUUUAUCAUGGGGCUAAUAGAGAGAAGAGUUCUAAACUGUUUUGUGAUUACGAUUUUGUCAUAACAACGUACUCUAUUAUUGAGUCUGAAUUCAGAAAAUACAUGAUGCCUCCCAAGAAGAAAUGUGUGUACUGCGGGAACUCUUUUUAUGAAAAGAAGCUCAUGGUGCACCUAAAAUAUUUUUGUGGGCCUGAUGCUAAUAGAACAGCAAAGCAGUCCAAGCAAACUAGGAAAAAGCUGAAAACUACAUCAGCACCAUCAAAGCAGAAAACAGAAUCUGACAAAGAUAAGAGUUGGCCUAUGGAGUUUUCAGAAGUUGAACUAGGAUUGCGAAAAGAGAAAUCACUUUUGCAUUCUUUGAAGUGGGAGCGCAUCAUUUUGGAUGAGGCCCACUUUAUAAAAGAUAGACGUUGUAAUACUGCAAAAGCCAUUUUUGCUUUAGACUCUUCAUACAAAUGGGCUCUGAGUGGCACUCCCCUUCAAAACCGUGUUGGAGAACUUUACUCUCUUGUACGCUUCCUGCAAAUAGUCCCAUACUCAUAUUACUUGUGUAAGGAUUGUGAUUGCAGAACUCUUGAUUAUGGGUAUGGUUCAAGAUUCAAGCUUGUUUAUUAUCUGAGUGACCUUAUUUGUGAGCGUGGUAUAAGGUCAUCGACACAAUGUUCUAGUUGCCCUCAUAGUUCUGUGAGGCAUUUUUGCUGGUGGAAUAAAUACGUUUCUAACCCAAUACAAAAGCAUGGAAAUGCGGAUCAUGGACGAAGAGCGAUGAUAUUGCUCAAACACAAAGUAUUAAAGAACAUAGUGCUAAGACGCACAAAAAAAGGGAGGGCUUCUGAUCUUGCUCUUCCGCCUAGAAUUGUGAUAUUGAGGCGAGAUAUCCUGGAUGUUAGAGAAGAAGAUUAUUAUGAAUCAUUGUAUAAUGAAAGUCAGGCGCAAUUUAAUACAUAUGUUGAGGCGGGUACUCUGAUGAAUAAUUAUGCCCAUAUAUUUGACCUCCUAACACGCUUGCGGCAGGCAGUCGAUCAUCCUUACCUUGUGGUAUAUUCUAAAACUUCAGCACUAAAAGGUGGAAACAUGGAUGAUGCUGGUUCUGCCAAAAAUGCUUGUGGUAUUUGUCAUGAACCAGCAGAAGAUCCUGUGGUUACCUCAUGUGCCCAUGUUUUUUGCAAGACUUGCUUGCUUGAUUUCUCUGCUUCCUUGGGUGAAGUCUCGUGCCCCGUCUGUUCGAAAUUACUUACCGUUGAUUUCACUGGAAAUACGGAUGCUGGAGAUCAGACUGCCAAAACAACUAUUAAGGGGUUUAGAUCUGGUAGUAUUCUGAACAGAGUACAGCUGGAUGAUUUUCAGACAAGUACAAAGAUAGAGGCUUUGAGGGAAGAAAUUAGAUUUAUGGCUGAAAGAGAUGGUUCUGCAAAAGGAAUUGUAUUCAGCCAGUUCACAUCGUUCUUGGAUCUCAUACAUUACUCUCUCCUUAAGUCUGGCAUUAGCUGUGUUCAACUGGUGGGAAGCAUGUCUUUGGCUGCCAGAGAUGCUGCUAUCAAAAGAUUUGCAGAGGAUCCUGAUUGCAAGAUUUUCUUGAUGAGUUUGAAAGCUGGAGGUGUUGCCCUCAAUCUGACCGUUGCAUCACAUGAGGGUAAUGCUGUCCUUGACAUGGCUAUGUUGGAUAGCACUUUUGACCUCAGUGAAUUUUGCCCCAAGAACUGCAUAACCAAAGUUGUGCGCUGCUGUGGGAUUGUGAGAUUCGUCAUUGAGAAUACGGUUGAGGAGAGGAUUUUGCAGCUGCAAGAAAAGAAGGAGCUAGUGUUUGAAGGCUAUGAUGAUGAUCCUAUGAGUGGAAAUGGUUCUGAUGAUCAAUUUGACAUUCCGUCUGUGCAUACUGGCGAUAGCAGCAGCUACAGUGAUGAAAGUGGAGUGGUUGAAGAGAUGGAGGUUUUGGGCGUAAAUGGUAGAGGAAAGGCUACAGUUGGCGUUCAUGGUAUUGUGGAAACUUGUUUUGAAAGUUAUGAGAUGGAAACAGGGCUCAGUUAUGGGCAUCGACCUCGUGCUCAGCCACCAAGAGCAGCUGAAAUUGAUUUUCUUAAUUGGGUCGAAAAAGGAGAAAUACAGACUUUGAAGCAAGAAGAGUCCACAACCAGAGGGGGAAUUCUCACAGAUGAGGUGGGAAUGGGAAAGACAAUUCAGGCUGUUGCCCUUUGUUACGGUCAACAUUUUAAAUUCAUUGACUUCCACUAUAGUUGUGGGAAUGAAGAUGAAUUAGGUAUAAAAAGUGAAGUGGGUGUUGAAGGAAAGAAAAAUGUGAAAUUUAUUGAGAAUAAGGAAGAAGGUGAGGAGAACAAAGAAAGUGAAGGGAUUGUUAAAAAUAACGACGGGAAGGAGGAAACUGAAUUGAGGAAUGAGGAUGUGGAGAGUAAGGAAGGGAAGUAG